AUGGAUCAAGAGUUUCCAUGGUUUGCUAAUGAUAUACGGAAUGUUAGGCUUGGUUUAGCUUCAGAUGGAUUCAACCCAUUUGGUAAUAUGGAUAAUUCUUAUAGCAUGUGGCCUGUUAUAUUAAUCCCUUAUAAUUUACCGCCAUGGAUGUGUAUGAAAGAUCCAUUCUUUAUGCUAACAUUACUUAUACCUGGCCCUAAAGCACCUGGAAGAGAUAUUGACGUUUAUUUGCAACCUUUAAUCGAAGAUCUCAUGGAAUUAUGGGAAAGAGCAUAUGGCAACUUGUUGGGAUGGUCUACUAAAGGAUACCUGGCUUGCCCAGUUUGCAAUGAUGACCCAUGUUCUGUUAGAUUAAGGAUGGAGAGUCGAAGUGCCCCUUUGGAGUUAUCUGGUGAGGAAGUGUUAAGGCAACUACAUGAAAUAAGUGACAGUCCAUUUGGGAAGCAUCCGAACAAAAUAAAAACGAAACGAAAUCUUGAAUACCUUAACUGGUGUAAAAAGAGUAUAUUCUUCAAGCUUCCAUAUUGUAAAAAAUUGAAAUUAAGGCACAAUCUUGAUGUUAUGCAUAUUGAGAAAAACAUAUGUGAUAAUAUCAUUGGAACUUUGCUAAAUAUUGAUGGAAAAAAUAAGGACACUUUGAAAGCAAGACAAGAUUUAGAUGAUAUGAAUAUUAGGAAGGAAUUGCAUUUGGUUAAGAAAUCAAAUGGAUCAUAUGAAGUUCCACAUCCAUGUUAUAUGUUAACAAGAGAAGAUAGGUUGAAAUUUGCAGAAUUUUUGAAGUCUGUUAAGUUUCCAGAUGGUUAUGCUUCUAAUAUCACUAGGUGUGUGAAUGCUGAUGGUAAACUUAUGGGUUUAAAAAGCCAUGACUGCCAUGUUUUAUUACAAAGAGUAUUACCUGUUGGAGUGCGCGGAAGCUUAGAAAAAGAAGUUACCACUGUGUUAUCUGAAUUAGGAGAUUUCUUUAGGAAGUUGUGUUGUAAGACCUUAAAGCUAGCAGAUUUAGAUGUCCUACGCAAUGAUAUUGUUAUCAUACUUUGUAAGUUAGAGAUGAUUUAUCCACCGGCUUUCUUUGAUGUCAUGGUACAUCUAGCAAUUCACCUUCCACAAGAAGCUGCUCUAGGUGGACCAGUACAAUUUAGAUGGAUGUUUAUGAUUGAAAGUGAACACAUUGGUUUACUUGAGAAGGAAAGUUUGUCUAAUGUUAAUGAAAGACAUAAGAGGGAGUUCCCAAAGUGGUUUAGGGAGAAGGUAUUCCAAUUACAUAAUGCACAUGCAACUAAAGCUAUGGAUGACUUAUACUCAUUAGCUUGUGGACCUCAACUGUGUGUUCGGAAAUAUACAUCUUGCAUAGUUAAUGGAGUUAGAUUUCAUACAAAAGAUCGUGACAGUCGUCAUAAAACUCAAAAUUGUGGAAUUUCUGUGCAAGGAAAUCAUGGAGAUGAAUUGAUUGAUUUUUAUGGUGUGUUAAACGAUGUAAUUGAGUUGGAAUACAUUAAAGGAUACCGCAUUGUUCUUUUCAAGUGUGAUUGGUUUGAUAUUGGAAAAAGGUCAUGCAUUCAACAUGAUGGGAUAUUUACUAGCAUUAAAGUUUCAAGCUUUUGGUAUAAAAAUGAUCCAUAUGUUUUAGCUUCUCAAGCAAAGCAGGUCUUCUACCUAAAUGAUCCAAAGUUGGGAUCAAAUUGGCGAGUUGUUCAACAAUUUCAGCAUAGACAUAUUUAUGAUGAAAAUGAGGUUGGUAGUAUACUAGAUGAUAAAGAUGACACACAUGAUUUAUCAAGACAAUGA